AUGUCGGGACCCUGCGUCCGCAUCCCGUUUUGGGUUCGCGUGUUUCUCCUGCUGCUGCUUUAUAGAAUCGCUGCGGGCUGCCCGGAGCUUUUUUCCAGCGGCUGCAGCUGCACGGAGGACCGCAGUAAAGCCCACCCUACUCCCGGGACUCGGAGGAAAGUGAGCUGCGGUGGAAAGGAGCUGACUGAAACGCCCGAAGUCAGUCUGCUCCCAAACAGGACUGUCUCUCUAAAUCUGAGCAACAACCGUAUUCGCAUGCUGAAAAAUGGCUCCUUCGCUGGCUUAUCCUCCCUUGAGAAGCUGGAUCUCAGGAAUAACUUGAUCAGCACCAUUAUGCCCGGAGCCUUUCUGGGUCUCACAGCACUUCGAAAACUUGACCUCUCCAGUAACCGAAUUGGGUGCUUGACUCCAGAAAUGUUCCAGGGACUUACCAACCUCACUAAAUUAAACAUCUCUGGAAACAUCUUUUCCUCUCUGGACCCAAAUGUGUUUAUGGAGUUGCACUCUCUCAAGCUAGUGAACUUCCAUUCUGAGUUCCUGUCGUGUGACUGCGGUCUUCGCUGGGUCCCAAGUUUUUUCCGCAGUGGUUCUGCUCGACUGGGGGAUGAAACUUUAUGUGCAUAUCCCAGACGGCUUCAAAACAAACCCCUACGUCUUCUAAGAGAGAGUGACCUCAGCUGUGAGGGUCCACUGGAACUGCACACAUUGUCGUUAUUACCCUCACAGCGGCAGGUUGUUUUUAAGGGAGACAGGCUGCCUUUCCAUUGCACUGCCUCUUUGGUUGACAAAAUUACUGCCCUUCACUGGCGACAAAAUGGUCAGCCUGUUACCAGUGACCCUACCAAGGGAAUUCAUCUGGAGGAGAGUGUACAACAUGACUGUACCUUCAUCACAAGUGAACUGAUCCUGUCAAACGUCCAUGUUGAGGCAAGCGGUGAGUGGGAAUGUGUGGUGUCUACAGGCCGUGGGAACACCUCUUGCAGUGUGGAGAUAGUGGUGCUAGAGAACAGUGCCUCCUUCUGUCCGGAGCAGAAAGUGAACAACAAUCGAGGGGAGUUCAGAUGGCCUAGAACUCUAGCUGGCAUCACCUCCUACCAGCACUGUCUGCAGCUACGCUAUCCUUCCCUAACUCUAGGGGGUGGUGUGGAGCAGAAGAAGGCUUCACGUAACUGUGACCGGUCUGGACGCUGGGAGGAGGCAGACUACUCUCAGUGCCUUUAUACCAAUGACAUCACACGCAUACUACAUACAUUCAUACUGAUGCCUGUCAAUGCCUCCAAUGCCGUGACUCUGGCUCACCAAGUGCGGUCAUACACACUUGAGGCUGCUGGUUUCACUGACACAGUGGAUGUUCUGUAUGUGGCUCAGAUGAUGCACAAAUUCAUGGAUUAUGUUACAGAACUGCGUGAGCUGUCCGAGGUGCUGGUUGAAAUGGGGAGUAACCUGAUGCAGGUAGAUGAUCAGAUCCUGGCUCGGGCACAGAGAGAGGAAAGAGCCUGCAGUUCAAUCGUCUAUACUCUGGAGACUCUUGCUUGGCCUCAGUUGCACUCUCACGCCCAGGACCUUUCCAGAUAUUCUCGUAACAUUGUGAUGGAGGCUCACCUAAUUCGUCCUGCUCAUUUCACUGGCAUUAGCUGCACGGUUUAUCAGAGACGAGAGGGGGCAGCUGGGAGCCAGGUGCAUGAUGGGGCCGAUCUUUCACUUGAGCAGCAACUAAGAUUUCGCUGCACCACAGGAACCCACAACACCUCACUGAAUGCUUUCCAUCUCAAGAAUGCAGUGGCUCUUGCUACAGUUUCUCUCCCUGCAACUCUUUUCCCGCCGAACGCUCCUCCUGACUGUAAACUUCAGUUUGUUGCAUUUCGCAAUGGAAGAUUCUUCCCAUUUACCAGCAAUUUUACCGGACAUUCGGACCUUGCCCGCAGACGAGGCAUCAGCACACCUGUUAUCUACGCUGGCCUUGAUGGAUGUAGCAUGUGGAAUCAGUCAGAUCCCAUUAUUGUUUCACUACGACACACGUCACCCGGACAUGACCCUGUCGCCGCCCACUGGAACUCGCAGGCAUUGGGGCAUCAUGGGAGUUGGAGUCUUGAUGGCUGUCAGCUGAUUCAUAGUGAUGUGUCCAUAUCUACACUGCGCUGCUCAGUACUGAGCAAUUACGCUGUGCUUCAGGAGAUACCAGACUUCCCAGGUUCACCUUCGAUUCCAGUGGAAGUGCUUCAUCCUGUGAUUUACACUUGCACUGCAGUGCUGCUCCUCUGCCUCUUCACCAUCAUCAUCACUUAUAUACUGCACCAUAGCUCCAUCAGAAUCACGAGGAAGAGUUGGCACACUCUCCUGAACACUAGUUUCCAUGUUGCAAUGACGUCUGCAGUGUUUGCUGGAGGCAUCACUCUGACAGGAUACCCAAUUGUAUGCCAGGCAGUAGGGAUUGUUCUUCACUACUCCUCUCUCUCCACUUUGUUAUGGAUUGGUGUUAGUGCCAGGGUUAUCUAUAAAGAAGCCUUAUUAAGAACUCCACAGCAACUAGAAGGAGAAUCUGCUGUACAACCAACCCAAAGGCCCAUGCUUAGGUUUUACUUGAUAGCCGGCGGCGUCCCUCUAAUCAUAUGUGGUAUCACUGCAGCAGUAAACAUCAAUAACUAUGGAGACAACAUUCCUUACUGCUGGUUGGUAUGGCAACCCAGUUUCGGAGCUUUCUACAUUCCAGCUGGAUUGAUCAUUCUUGUGACCUGGAUCUACUUCCUGUGCACUGUUUUCUGCCUGAGGCAGCGAAACUUCCAGGAGUCUAAAGAUCUUCAAUGCUCUGCAUCCGACCCUUCAAAUUUGCCAGAGAGUCAACCGGCACUCAGCGGCAGCACCAGUCUUCUUUCCACAGACUCUGGGGUCAGCCCGGUGCAUGCUGGAACAACAGUGGAGGACCAGUACUCAUUGAAGGUCCAGUGUCUGGCACUGAUGGCAACCCAGUUUGUGUUUGUUGGGCUGUGGUGCUGCGGCGCUAUGGCAGUUUGGCAUGUGGAUAGAGAGCGGAAACUCUUCAGUUGCCUAUAUGGAGGAACAGCUACCGGUUUAGGCAUCUUUUUAGUGCUCCAUCACUGUUUCAAGCGUUUGGAUGUCCAGGCAGCUUGGCUAGGGUGUUGUCCAGGCUAUCAUCGCUCUCAACCCAUGCCAGCCUAUUCCCACCCCUGCACUGUCACAGUGGGUGUUCAGAGUGCCUCAGAAAGGGGCUCCCAGCUUUUUGUAGCAUGCCAUCCACCUACGGACCCAAACCAUUACUCUUCUUCUGCCAGGUCAUCUUCAACUCAGAGUGGAACAGCAAGUAUCACUGUUGUACCUAGCAAGCUUACUAACCUCCUCCAAGUGUCCCAAGAUAAUGCAAACAAUGCUAGUCGGGCACCGGCGGGAACUAAUACCAAUACAAGCACAAGCACAGAGAACAAUAAGCCAACCAACAAUCUGCUGCCUAGUUUACUGCCCGUCCAGCAGCCUCAAAGGAGGAAAGCUUGUAGUAGAACCAAGGGUGGCAAUACCCAGUACCAUCACAGAGGAGACGCCAGAAGUCACUACCGCCUCAAAGCUCUCAGAGCAGGUGGAGGGGGUAGCAUGGGUGCUCUGGGACCUUCUGGCACAGAGCACUCAAACAUUUACCAUGUACACAAACAUGCUUCCAGUGAGAAUGGAAGUCUACGAAAUAGCCAUUCAGAGGGCCAGAAUGGCCUUCUGACCAACGGGCGGCACAGAGGGGAAGGACUGGCGACGAGCCCUUCGGAAGGUAGUGAUGGAGGUAGCAGUGGAAGUAGAAAACCUUUUCCACUGUUGCCUUCGGUAGCACGUAGGGCUGCUAUGCAGCAGAAUGCUCAGUGCCGCAGCGCUAGCAAAGACAAUCUUAAACUGGCUGCUGCAGCUGAGAGAGAGUCCAAGCGGAGCUCAUUCCCUUUAAACAUGUCAUCAAAUGUUACUGCGACAGCCUCAUUGUCGACAGUUUCAGCACCAAAUGGAACACUAAAGGGAUCUGUGGUGGAACUGGACACUAGUGGAACUGACCAAUCACAAGGUUCGGUGGGUAUGAAGAGCAGGGUAUGGAAGAGCGAGACGACUGUAUAA